AUGGCGCCCCGAGCCUAUCUUACCACUGGCUUGAGGCAUCUAGGCAAGCCCCGCCCGCUGGAGCCCGGUGAAACGUUUGUUGUCCGGUACAAAAAUUCCCUCCGACAGUACAGAUCUGACGUUUGGAUUGGCGUCAUCCUACCUGAAAAGUUCGGACCAAGCAGACACAUCAAUCGCCGCCCUGUUGGCGCCCAGCCAGCUGAGGGCACUUGGGUGACCCAUCUGAAAGACCGGAUGUACUCGAUGUAUCUUCCGGGCCGGAAUAUGUACAAAUGGGUGGGACUCCAGGACCUCUUUAUCCUCAAUGAAAAGACCAUCAAUGUCCUCCGGCGCGCCCAGAGAGAACCAGAUGCCAAGAUCUGGGACGAUCUGGUGGAGAUCAUUCGAACUGAGCCGGGCCUAGAAUUUUGGAAGAACAUGUCUCUCCAGGAACUCGGCACCAAGGGUAAACGAGGCAAGGAACUUCGUCUCGUCAUGCCGAGUGGCCAGGAAGACCUUGUCUCCUGCGGAGAAAGCCAUGGUGAUUCCGAGUCCGAGGAGGAAGAUGAAGAUGCCGAUGAAGAUGCCGAUGAAGACGACAAUGAAGAUGACAAUGAAGAUGAACAUCAAGAGGAUCCAUCGGAUCACGUGAAGCCUGAAACUGAUGUUGCACCUAGCUCAUCUAAUGAGCAAGCAACUAUCAGGUCAUUUUCUGACACACGUGCUGCACAGGGCGUUCAGUUCAGACAGACACCGCGGUUGUUCCAAGAUGCCAACCCCACUGCAUCUGCAUCUGAAAAAACCCCCUUUGCAGACAGAGAGAGCUCUAGCUUAGGGAAGACACCGAAAUUCCAUCCAUGUCCCCCUCUGAUAUCUCCCACUUCGUCUUCUACUCCUUCUCUCCCAACCUCAUCGCCCUUCACUGCGGCACCAACCACCAUGACUCAGACCACGGUGCCUAAGGUUGAGAAUGAUACUAGUGCUAGUCCUAGUGGUAAUCUUACAGAUAUGGCACCCCAGCAACCCGUUCCAGAGUUCUCAAUCUUCGAUUUGACCCUCAGCCAGGCUCUGAAGCACGUCUUCUUGAAUCAGCGUGAGGCCGCCAAGAUCACCGAUAUGUUUCUAGGCGCUGUGGCUCUCGAAAGACAGCCCGAACACUUGCAGAUUCGUGAAUACUUGUCCGAUGGAGAAUUUCCCCCUCGCCUGAUUACUCUUAAAAACUCAGGCUUCUCCCAUCCCACUCCAUUCCCAGCCCUCAAUGCUGACAGCAGUACUACCUACCGCCUGGUUGGUGACCAAAUGGGAAUUGGUCAGAACUUCAAACUGAACGGCGUGAGCAACAGCCUGGAUCUGGAAAAUGCCAUUCUCGCCCUCGGAAGAGUGUACCUCCAAGCACGCCGUUUCGGCCUCAUGGAUUUGGUUUAUCGGAUUACGUUCAAGCUUCAAGUCGCCUGGAACUGUUACCCAGAGCUAUACCAAUCCAAACCCCUCCUCGAGGUGGCUUCUCUUGCUUUUGCCGGCCACGCUGAGUUUGAUGAGGCUGAUUGCGAUUACCUCCAGUCGUGGUUAAUUCACUUCAUUGCCGAGGCCUCGGAUUUGCUCACGUACAACGCCAGCGAGCAGUUCUGGUCGUUGUUGCGAGCCCAUCUAAAGCUCCAAGACAAAGUUCUCAAUCUUCGCACGCUGGCUCAUAUCCAUAACCCGGAAUUGUAUGGCAAUACGCGUGCCCUUCUCGAGAGUCGCGGUCUGGGAAACUUAUGA